GGCUCUUCGAGGACUUUGGCCACCUGUGACGCUCUGGCGCGGCUUCUGCUCCCUUUCAUUUCAAAUUCAGGUUGAGUUAGAAACCUGAGAAGGGGAAGAACAUAGGCCGAAGAGUUUCGGGAAGUGGAGGGCAUAGGAGUGGAUAGGUGAAUUCACGAGUCAGAGAUUAGUGAGUUAGAAUCCUCUCCACUGAUUUUGUGUUGUUGGGCAAUAGUUUAAUUUCUUUAAACUUCAGUUCCUUCUUACAUAAAAUGGGAUAGUCAACAGUAUUUAAUUUUUAUGUAGGAAGGAUGUUGAAUGGGAUUAAUAAGCUAAUGUCUGUUGGCAUCAAUAAAUGUUUCCCUAAGUAAGGACCAUAAACCUUUGGACAAAUACAGUAAAACCUCUGUAAUUUGAAUAGGCAAGGAACUAUAGCAAACUGGUCGAUGUACGGAGGUGGUCAACCUAAGCCUGUUUUGCUGAUACAUACACAUGGUACAUGUCCAGUUUGUGAAAAUUAGGUCAACUUAAGGAGCUGGUCAACUACGGAGGUUCUACUGUACCUAUAAGGGUAAUGCUUGGUUGUCCCAUGAUAGUCUAGCCCAGAGCAUUUGUUGUGAGCUGCCAAGGAACAGGCUCCUAAGUUUACAUUUUUUACAUACCUGUAGUGUGACUAAAUGACUUAUGAAAAUAAACGUCUCUCGACCAAGGGAAGAAACCUGCCAUGGAACAAUUUCAACUUCAGCUUCAAAUAUCACAUUAUAGGAUUAUGGGUCAUACAUUCCUUUCUAACAUUUGCCCAGAGUUUUUUUUAGUUGUGACGUGUUUUGAAGAGAAGCCAUUGUCAUGGAAAUGGACCCCUUUCUUCACUGUGUGAUCCCAAACUUCAUUCAAAGCCAAGACUUCUUGGAAGAACUUCGGAAGGAACUUUUGAACUUGGACUUCCACGAAAAAUAUAAUGAUUUAUAUAAGUUCCAACAGUCUGAUGAUUUGAAGAAGAGAAGAGAGCCUCACAUCUCUGCUUUAAGGAAAGUUCUGUUUGAAGAUUUCCGGGCCUGGCUUUCUGACAUUUCUAAAAUUGACCUGGAAUCAACUAUUGACAUGUCCUGUGCUAAAUAUGAAUUCACUGAUGCCCUACUCUGCCAUGACGAUGAGCUGGAAGGGCGCCGGAUUGCCUUCAUUUUGUACCUGGUUCCUUCCUGGGAUAAGAGUUUUGGGGGCACCCUGGACCUCUACAAUAUUGAUGAACACUUUCAGCCGAAGCACAUCGUCAAGUCUCUUAUCCCUUCAUGGAACAAACUGGUCUUCUUUGAAGUGUCUCCAGUAUCGUUUCACCAGGUGUCUGAAGUCCUGUCUGAAGAAAACUCACGUUUGUCUAUAAGUGGCUGGUUUCAUGGUCCUUCACUGACCAGGCCUCCCAACUACAUUGAACCCCUUGUACUUGGGAGCCCUCACAUCCCGCAAGAUCAUGAAAUUUUAUAUGAUUGGAUCAACCCUACUUAUCUGGACAUGAACUAUCAAGGUCAAAUUCAAGAAGAGUUUGAAGAAAGUUCUGAAAUUCUCCUCAAGGAGUUUCUUAAGCCUGAGAAAUUUGCAAAGGUCUGUGAGGCCCUGGAGAAAGGAGAUGUGGAAUGGAGCAGCCGGGGUCCCCCUAAUAAAAGGUUUUAUGAGAAAGCUGAAGAGAGUAAGCUUCCCAAUGUACUGAGAGACUGCAUGGAGUUAUUCCGCUCCGAGGCACUGUUCUUGCUGCUCUCCAACUUCACAGGGCUGAAGCUUCACUUCUUGGCCCCUUCAGAAGAUGAGACUGAUGACAAAAAAGAGGAAGAAGCAGCCUCUGCUGCUGAUUAUACUGAAGAAGGGACUAGCCAUAGCUCCUCUGAGCCAGAGAAUAAGCAGGCAGCCAUUAGCAACAAGAGCCAACAGACAGGCCCAGAGCCAGAGGAAAAUGAAACAAAGAAAGAAUUAAGUGUUCCCACAUGCCAAGGAGAAUUGAGACAUUGGAAGACGGGUCACUACACUUUAAUCCAUGACAAUAGCAAGGCUGAAUUUGCCCUGGACUUAAUUCUGUACUGUGGAUGUGAAGGCUGGGAGCCAGAGUACGGUGGCUUUACUUCCUACAUUGCUAAAGGUGAAGAUGAAGAGCUGCUAACAGUGAAUCCAGAAAACAAUUCUUUGGCAUUGGUCUACAGAGAUAGAGAGACUCUGAAAUUUGUCAAGCAUAUUAACCACCGAAGUCUAGAACAAAAGAAAACCUUCCCAAACAGAACAGGUUUUUGGGACUUUUCAUUCGUCUAUUAUGAAUGAUAGGACUGGGCAAAGCUGAACAAAAACAUGAUCCUUCAUUAAUACUGGGAAAUCUGGAAGAGCUGGGCACAGAGUGAGGUAAAGCUGUAUCAUAUAUUGUCUACGUUGUUCUUAAAACUGGUUGCCCUUUAAUGGGACUCUGAUUGUCUUCAACCUAGACCUUGAGCUUGGAGCUAUAUACUUAUUUCUUCAUUAAAAAAAAAAAUUUUUUUUAACUUU